AUGGGUAGCUUAUUAACAGCUAAGUUGGAUGAGACUGGAAGUUACGAUGAUUUCAUAACAAAAAAACCUAGACGUUUAUCAAGAAAUGAUUACAUAUGCCUACUCAUUACAAUAACCAUAAUUGGAAUUUUCAUGAAAAUAUUAAUAGAAAAUCGUCAAAUAAUUGAUUACAAUAGGAAAUCAGACCCACAAUUAUUGCAAUAUGUUUAUGUUUCGCCCAAAGCAGAAGCUUUACCACGAAGAGGACAACUGUUCUGCUGGGUACAAACAGCCAAAAUGUAUCAUUCAACAAGGGCACAAGCUGUUAACGAAACUUGGCUCAAGCGAUGUGAUCAUGGCCAGUUCUUCACGAGUGAUUUUUUUAGUGAACCAGAUAUUCCAUAUUCGACAGUUUUCGCAGGAAUCCCUGAGUCUUAUUAUAAUUUAUUUUAUAAAAGCCGAUAUGCUUUUCAUUAUAUUUGGAAGUACAUAUCCAAAGACUUCGAUUGGUACAUGAAGGCUGAUGAUGAUACGUAUGUGAUUAUUGAGCAUUUAAAAGAGUAUUUGAGUUCCUUGGAUCCGAACAAACCUUAUUACUUGGGAUACAUCUUACGACCAUACUUGAAGAACGGUUAUAAUGCUGGUGGUGCUGGUUAUGUUCUGUCACGAGAAGCUCUUAGGCAGUACAAUGAGUUUCUGUAUCACAAUGAAAGCUUAUGUCCUGAUGAUAUUUAUGAAGAUGUAGGAAUUGGAAGAUGUCUUUCAUCACUUGGCAUUUAUCCUCAUGAUACUCGAAAUAACAAAAACCAGAAUCGUUUUAAUACUUAUCAUCCUACAGAAGUGUUUUAUGGUUCUAAAAAUAAUCCAAAAUACACUUGGUUUCCAGAAGAAAAGGGAUAUGCGGCAUUUGCGUCAGACAUGAUAUCAUUUCAUCAUUUAAAGCCAGACGAAAUUCGUUUGUUCGAUAUCUUACUAUAUCAAACAAACAGAAGAUAA